AAAUUAAAACAUUCAUUCAAUGAAUGAAAACAACGAUUGAUUUCAGUUGUUGUUUACCAUCGAUGUUGUCAUCAAAUGAUAUGACAGAUAAAAGUUUUGAUUGAUUGACAUCUAAAGACAAUUAUCAUAUUAUAUAUCGUUGUUUACCAUUAAAUUUAGUCAUUGUUUGUGUUKUUAGUUAGUCCACAAAUCCAUGUCAUCUCUCGAACGACAAAUUAUGAAUCGCCGAUUGCCGCCGAUGGCGGUCACCACCGAUAGGUCACAUCAAACAAGAGCCGGUAGAAGUGAUGGCAGACAAAGUCGUUACGAUUAUAGUCCCAUACUUUGGGACAGAUAUUUUGACGCCAAACGUGAUCUCAACAUUAAUAACCAAACUUUUCGGGUGUAUCUCAAGGGAACCGAUGACAAGUCAGUCAACAGCGAUACAACUAAUACUCCGCUUGUGGUUAUGAUUCACGGCGGAGGCUAUAGUGGUCUCACGUUUGGACCGUUUGCUCAACAGAUGAACGAGUUAUGCGACUGUCAUCUACUGGCCAUCGAUUUGCGCGGACACGGAAACACAUUCACUGACAACGACGAAGAUCUUAGUGUUCGUACUUUAGCUACUGAUAUAUUUAAUGUUAUCACUGCAUUGUUUCCGAUGGAGAAUAUUCCUCCACUUGUCUUAAUGGGUCACAGUAUGGGUGGAGCCAUUGCUGUCCACUGUUCGAUAUUACUCGAAGAGCUGAUACCCCGUAUUAUUGGUCUUAUUGUGAUCGAUGUGGUUGAGGGCACAGCUAUGGAUGCAUUGCAAUCAAUGCAGUCAUUUCUAAGAAGUCGUCCGACAAGUUUUGCAACUCUUGAGAAAGCUAUUGAAUGGUGUGUUCGUAGCGGUCAAACACGUAAUAUAGAAGCGGCCAAACUUUCGAUGCCCGGACAGCUCAAGAAUGUUAAGACUAAUUUGACAGCAGUUACAGAACUUGAAGACAAUCUACAUAAUGAUAACCAAAGCCAAAGUGGUUCACAUGUAUUGGACAAUAAAAGCGUUGAAUUUGACAUUAGAGAAGAAGAUGAAGAUAACGUUACUGAGGAAGUGGCCAACACUCCGACUAACGUAUUUAAGACGCCAGAGAUAAGUGGCUAUACGUGGCGGACAAAUCUGUUUAAAUCUGAGCCAUAUUGGAGUCAAUGGUUUGAAGACUUGUCCAAUUCGUUUCUCAAUAGUCGCGCCAAUUAUAAGUUACUUUUGUUGGCCGGAAUUGACCGUUUAGAUCGGGCACUGACUGUCGGUCAAAUGCAGGGCAAGUUUCAGAUGCAGGUGCUUCCCAAAUGUGGACAUACAGUUCAUGAGGACGUACCCGACAAAGUGGCACAAGUGGUCGCUUCGUUUUUAAUCAGAAAUAAGUUUACAAUCGCUAAACAAGACUUUGAACGAUCAUUUCCGUCGUGUUAACCAUUAAUUUGA